GGCGAUAACGGCCGCACCGAAACCGGCCGCCAGCCGGGCGAUUCAGUUCGCAUUCAACAAGUGACGGAAGCGGAUGAUCAGUGACCGGCACCGGCACCAAUAGAUCGGUCGCACAUACACGACCACGGCAUCGAGCCAAUAAAGCAUCAAUCGCCUGAAUAACAAAAAAUAAAAUAGAAACAACCCCCAAAACGCGUGGGCUUGUUUCCCUGUCCCUUGUGCAAGUGUGGUUGUGUUGUGUUUUGGUUUCGAAUUUAGUGUGUGCUGUAGGGUUUGUUCAGUGUGUGCCUGUGUUCCAUCGAAAGCGAGUGUUAGUAUUUUUAGAAUCAAAUGCUUAUUUGUGGGGUGAAAAUAAACGGUGUUGUGAAAAUGGCUUUUGUGCAAUGUUGCCAUUGGGAGGAGAAUGAACCCAACCGGCUGUCCAAACGAUGUGGAUUAUUUUAAUUUAUAUUGAAAAUGUUGUUAUGUUAAGGGGUUGUACAUGGUUCCCAAAAGUAGUAACAUAAAAGAAACAUGUUUGGCUAGAAUUUGUGUUUGAGAGAGAAAUUUGCUAAUUCAAGAUUCAAAACAUAAACCAACAAUAGUGAGACAAAAGUGAACCAAGAUUAGCACCAAAAAUCGAACAUUCAAUCAAAUGCUCCUGUUGUGCAUCUAAUGAAGUGCCACCGGAACGGGAAUAUUACGUAGAUCGUGUCGGUAGUUAAGCUCAUAAGGUAGUGCUUAACUGAAGUGCUGCACUGCCCAAAAUGCCUAUGAAGGAGUGGAUCUACCGGUUGCAGCCCGUCCAGCUGUACAUCGUGCUGGCCCUGUCGUCCAUCUACUUUCUUGUGCAGCUGUUCCUGAGCCACGUUUCCCACUCGCUGGUACUGCUGGUUGCGUCCUAUCACAUGCUUUGCAACAUCAUUGCGCUCACCGGUUGCAUUCUAACGAUAAAGAAAAGUGCCUUACCGUCUGCACGGGAAGACGGUGCAUUGAAGCAGGAGGCACGCUCCGUCUCCCAACAGCUGACGGCGGGUGAUGGGAAGUUUGCGGAAGUUCCACUAGCCAGCCAAGAGUCGACCGAUGACGGCAGCAAGGGCAGCUCGGAGAAUGCCGGCAAGGUUGAGCAGUCGGCCCUGGAGAUCAAGCAGAAUGUGAAGGUGAAAGCGCGACAGGCGCGCGAAAGCUCGCUGAAGAACACGUUCGGCUGGACGCGCAUCGACAUCCUCACGAUGCUGGUGGUGUGCAUUUUCAUGGCGUCGUUCUGCUUUUCCACAAUCAUCGAGGCACUUCAGACGCUGUCUCACAUCCAUCAUCAGGAUGCGAUGCACUUCCCGGCCCACAUUCUCGUGCUGGGCGCGAUGGGUUUGAUACUGAACGGGUUCUGCUAUCUGCUGAUCGGUGGCUACACGUACCAUCAGGGCAGCUUCCUGUACAUCACGGCUAGCGGAAAUGUGAUCCUAGAUCACGUCAUCACCGGGGACGGUGUGCGAAAGGGUGAUCGACGGCUUUCCGGAUCACGCAAACAGGUGUCUCCUUCGCAGAUGCGCGAACAAUCGAAGCGACAGAGUGUUCGAGAGCUGAUGAGGGAUAUUUGCAGUACUGUGAUUGUCAUUAUCUGCUCGGUGAUCGUGUACUAUACUACUGAGGAAACAUCCAAGUUUGUAGAUCCCGCUCUUUCGAUAGUGUCCUGCAUCAUUUUGCUCACCCUAAGCUACCCUUACAUGAAAGAAUCGGGCAUGAUUCUGCUGCAAACCAUCCCCGAUACGAUCGAUAUAGAAAUCUUCAAGAAGACGCUGCUUGAUGGCUUCAAGGAUAUUGUCAGUGUGCAUGAUCUUCAUAUUUGGCAGCUAAGCGGAAACCAGUACGUCUCAACGGUGCACAUCAUCUUUGACAACCCAAAGGUGUACUUAAAGAUCCACAAUGAUGUGAUAGAGUUCUUCCACGAGCAGGGCAUCAAUCAGGUUACCAUUCAGCCGGAGUUUAAGGUGACGGACGAAAAGCGUACCCUAGGCAGUGGUACGGAGUGCUGCUUGAUCCAGUGCCGAACGAUUGCCCAGUGCGCUAGCCGUACGUGCUGUGAUACGCUGUCCCAGGAGGCGGCGGCCAAGCAGGCCUUGCUGACGGAAGUUGUCGAUUUGCCGCGGGAAGAGAGUAAAGUUGAGUCGGAAGGCAAGGAAGAUAUACAGAUGAGUUCAAUGUCGGCAGUGCAAUCAUCCAGUGAGGUUAGUACCUCCGGCCAAGUGGCUCCAGAGCCCAACAAGUCAAUGACCUGUGAAGAGAGUGAAAUAACGCUGGACGAUACCGCUCAAGCCACUCCAGAUGAUAGUCCACUAGACGAUACCGCUCAAACAAAAGCUGAGAAGAGCACCGUCUCAGCCACAGUACAAAUAAGCCCAGUUAAGACUGAAUGCGAGCAGGUGGCGCAGGUAGACGGUGAUAAGAGCACAUGAAGAGGUAUAGUACAUACGCGCGGGAAUUACAGUAGAAAAGAAUGCCAGUAUACACUUGACGGUAAUCUCGUCAGGAACAGUUCAAUCGUAUUUUAAUUUGAAAACGUUUACUAGGGUAAGUUGGUGAGUGUAGAGAGCGGAGUGUGCGAAACGUUUUGCACCAAACCGUCCGCUCAGUGAUCGAGCGGACUGCCAUAUCGCUUACUACGCUUGGUAAAGUGAGCAAAGAUGUCGAAUUGGUUGUGCCUUGUGAAUGUAUUUUAGCUGCAUUUUACUUUGUUAGCGUUAAGAUACAUCAAUACAUACUGAUAAAUGUAGCAAAACACAAA